AUGUGGCAACCUGUGGCUACCGGCUUCCUGGCAAACGUUGGGAAAGAGCCAGUUGCUGGGUUCAUUUCUCCAGCCGUUGGAAAUGGAGCAAGCGACCACAUCGAUGCUGCGACACAGCCGGUCUGGAAAACAUUGCACACCGUGCGAGAAAUAAAAGCAGAACUGGGUUGGACCUUCUUGGUCACCAUUUGGACUCAUCCUUUGUCACGCAAAGGUCCGGAGACGACAACCCUUACCCCGUGCAACGGUGUUCUGACCACAGAUGCAUCACCGGUUGUGCAAGCGUCCUUCCUUCCUCCCUUUCGUUUGGAGAACAAAAAGGAGAAACGCAAGAGCGAGGGAUGCUUGGCACAACCAGACACAACGGGAGAAGAAGAAGAGGAAAAAGAAGAGGGUCCCGCCAACAACCACAAUCCAACCGGACCCCCGAAAGCAAUGCUUCUGUCAGGCUUAAUCCUGGGCUGCUUUUUGCAGCUGGCCACAGCCCAACAGCGUAACCUGUUGGUGUCCAGUGAGCCCCACCGACCCCAACUGGGUCAGGAUGUCACGCUCUCCCUGCAAGGCGGGCCGUCUCCAAUUGAGAGAUGUCAAUGGAUCCAAGAGGGCCGGACGGGAAGGAAAAGCAUCUUCUCCUUCAGCCCUUCCCCGACUGAAAGCCAGGCCUCUGGUAGGAGACACACUCUCCGGUCGGAUUGCUCUCUCCGAAUCACGAAUCUGGAUGCCUCGGACGAGGGAAACUACUCCGUGACCCUAAGCAGCAAUUUGAGGCAGGAUACCCCGGGACAAGAGGAAAUCUACGAAGCCUUUUUCUAUCUGCAGAUCUCCAGCAAAGGGUCAACCCAAAAUCCCAUCACGGUGGAGCUCAGGCCGCGGUAUCCCAGUUCGGGCCAGAACGUCACCUUGCUCCCCAUAGGAAUCCCCAAGAGGUUUCAUUUCUGCAAAUGGCACCGGCAAACCCGUCUGGGGCGCAACGAAUCCCUCCUGACCUACGUAUCGGGGCAGCAGCAGACUCAGCAACAGCAGGGGAUGUCGGUGGGUGCCGACUGCUCCCUCUUCAUCUCGCAAGUCAAGGAGUCGGACGCCGGGCAGUACAGCAUCCAAGUGGAAGCCCCGCCGCAGCAACAGCACCGACCGGGCACCGGGACCGGCCAGCAAGACGCCGAGGAGCCUUCCCAGAUCUACCGGGGACAAGUGCUUUUGGAAGUCAAUGACCAGUCCAAAACAGACCCACACGUCAAAGGGCACAGUUGUGGGCCGCUCUCCGUGAGCUUCGGGGCCUGGAUCGUGGCCGCAGCCUUCUUUGGGUCCUUCGCUUGGUGAAAUCCUUAAUGUUUCUUCGGUAGAUAAGAGGAUCACAAUGGAUUGAAAAACCGCAAUAUUUUCCUUGAACUGGGAUCCCAACGCUGCGUUUUUAAUAUACAUUUAUUGCAUACGUCCUUUGUGUUAAUACACAAACCCUUUUUUAUUGCAAUCCAGAAUAGAAACAAUUCUAUUAGAAGCUAUAUCAUCUGUUGCAUAUGUCUUUGUAUUUUUUUCCCUUUUCGCAAUGUAUGUUCUCUCGUUUGGAAUAAAAUUAUUACACGGUCAAA